GGCGGUGAAGUCGUGACCUGGUCGUGACCGAUGAACGUGAAUCACGCACUUCUAUUACGUGUUCCCGCGUGUAUUUAUGUCGUGCUCAAUAUUGAAUGCUGCGCAACAAAAUGGCGGAAUUUCCAAACAAAGUGUUUACUCAAUCGGUUGGAAGAUCGCACCGAGAUAAAGGAAUUUCGCACAAGAAAAAGAUUCAUAAACCACGCCAUACGUCCUCGCAAAACUGGAACGUUUCUACUUCAAGUUUCUCAUCGACAAUGUCAUGCCCAUCCAGUUUCACAAGUGAUGAUAGUGAACAGAAUAUCAGAAGCAAGCUGAAGAAAAUUAAAAAAGAAGGUAAGAGCAAUCAGCAAAGAGGCCGAGAAAAGGAAAAAAUACAGUUUGUGCUUAUGUUAGUUUGAAAUGUUUCAAGAUUGCUCACAACAGGAUUUCAUUAAUCUGGGGUGAUAUAAAAAAUGAACGUCUGUGCAAUGGCAAUGCCAGUUCCAGUUUCUGGGAUGUCAUUCGUGCCAGUUGAGCUUGAUGUCAGUCGUACAUAUUAUGAAGAAGUGUUGUAGGAUAAGCUGCAUAGUAGUGGUUUUUUACACAUUAUUGGCGGUGUAAUGGUGUUGAAAUUGAUGAGGGAACUCAUCCAUAUUCAAGUUGCCUCACAAAAUAUCACAUUGUGACAUUCAAUGACGUUUUGGGUGGGCAGGUGGGUCAAAACUGUAUGCUGUGUUGUGUGGUAAAUUUAACAAAAAUCUUGUCAUAAGGUAUGCCACGCUUAACAUUUUCAAGUCUGGGUGGGUUCAGAUAAAAAAAAUGUCAAUUUGAUGUCUUGUAUGGCAACGUGCCCCCUAAGUUACAGACAACAUUCACAUAUGUUGGUAAUUUGGGCAUAUUAGUAUUUUUACUAUUUCGUGGAAAAAAUACGUAGUGGAAAAAAUCUUACAGAUCACAUUAAAAAUUUAUUUGCAUGUUAAACUCCCUUUAUACAGUCAUCAGCACUUGGCAAUUGCUGAAGACAGACUGUCUUCAUCUGAAGGAAAUGUUGAGGCAAAUGAAAUAUAUUUUGGUUUGCAUUGCAAAAAAAAUGCUGCUCAAGGUUAUAAAUUAAAUUUCAAAAAUCAACUUCUUCACAUUCAAUUUCAAAAUCAACUUCUUCGCUUCAAAACAGGACAAAAUACCUAUGAAAAUAAUUUCAAUUGAUUCAACUGAUCAAUGUAUUGCCAUCAAUGGUGAACCACGUGGGUAUAGGGCUUUUAGGGACUGUUCGUUAUUUAUACCCAUUAGAAAAGGGUACAUACAUACAUACAUAAGAAUUUAUUCAAAGUGUUCAAAUAUUAUCACUACAAACAUGUCAAAUAGUGUAAAUCUUCGCACCUUGAAAAGGAGGAAUCGAGUGGUUAACCCUAUAUUAACGAUUUCCUGACAAACAUACUAACAUAAAACAGACACUUGCAUAUGCAUGCAUCUUUAUAUAUACCUAUUGGCUAAAAAUAUUCAUAAUUAUAUACCUGGUAUCCCCCAAAAAACUUGCACUGUUCGAUUUCAUGUAAGGUAAAAACUAUAAAAGCUAUUACACUCAAAUAAAUUCUAUUGUAUUCAGGAAAGGCUAACUUAGGCCCCGUUUACACUAUACCGGAUUACUUUUCAUACCGGAUUAAUUUUUACUCGGAAGUAAAAAAACAAGGGUGUUUGCACUAUGCCGCUUCGCUCUGUUGCCAGCUUAUGUCUUUCACUGUCGCCAUGGAAACAAGUAGCCAAUAUACCAAAAUUUAUUAAAAACAAGAACUAACACCCGUUUUCUUUGUAAAGUAUAACUUUGUUUAAUUAAAAAGCUUGACCACCAGACGUUGCUUCGUUUCGCUCUAAUCCAAAAUUGACGAGUAUUCCUUUAAAUUUUGCUCUUUCGAAAGUGAAAAGUCAAUGUUAUUAUCGUUUUCUUUAUUUGUGUUCGGCAGAAAUAGUAAAUGGUUGUAAGGCGAAACAAACAACAGCUAUAAAGUAUUGUAAAAGCGAGCAAAUAAAGGCGACAAUGUUAAAACAUACACGCCAAAACCGAUUUUGUACGUGUACCGGAUUAGCCUGUUUACACUGCUCCGGCACAUACCGGAUUACUUUUCAUAUCACCUCCAAAGCGGAGUGAUUUUUAUGCCGCGUCACGUACCGGAUUACUGUGGCGUAGUGUAAACAGCAGCCGAAUCCGGUAUGAAAAUCGCUCCGCUCCGAUGCAAUCCAGUAUAGUGUAAACAGGGCCUUAGAUUUUGAUAUGCAGCCCUAAAAUUGUCAUUUAAUACUACGUGAGAUACAAAUGUUUGAAUUUGGCGCACACUUUAAAAAUGCGUAAAAAAAUCGAGAAACAUGGCUGAUCAAAUUUAUGUGAAAACAAUUGCCAUUUUCCACAAAAAUUAACAAUUUAAAUUUUAACAUUUCAACUCAACUUUAAUUUCAGGUAAUAUCCUAGUAUAAGUUAGCCUUUUGUGUUUCUUGGGAAGCGAAAUAAAUAUGAAACAUUUAACAACGUUCGAAAGCAUAUUCAACGUCCUUUGCAAUGGGAGUUCGUAUUAUAAAGUUGGUCUUUGUUCGCCUUUUGAAUAUGCCUCGAUUAACAAAAGAUCAAAGAGUUUGGGUUUUAUGCUUUCCCGUGCUACACAUUGUAUACGUAAAAAAGGACAUACUUUCUAAGACGAAUGAAUAAAUUGUUUAUCCAAUAAUUAUGUUUUUCAUUCGUUAUUUUGGCAACAAUAUAUUUAACAUUGUCAAAUAUGAUUAUUCGAUUUAAAACAUCGAUAGCUUAGUCAUUGUUGCACGGACAUUCAAAUGUUAUAUAUCAAAAUCUAAGUUAGCCCUUUCUGAAUACAAUGAAACAGUGCAAUAGCUUUUAUAGCUAUUGAGUGCAAUAGCUUUUAUAGUUUUUACGUUACAUUAAAUCAAACAGCGCAAGUUUUUUUUGGGACACCCAGUAGUUUUAAGUUACGUUUAAAUAGGUUGAAAUUUCCUGCCUCUACAACGUCUUUGGGCAGAUUGUUCCAUUCGUUAAUAAUUCUUACAAAGAAUGAAUAUUUGUAAGAGUUACAUUUUGCAACAUAUAGUUUGUAAUCAUGAUUCGCCCUAGGCCUAGUGCGUUUCGAACCAAGUUCAAAAUACAGUAGGUAUCAAAGUCCAAAUUAUUGAUAUUAAAAACUGUCUUGUACUGUGGCACUCAAUCAGUGAUAAAUAAAGUCUACGUUCCUCUAAAGUUGACCAUUUUAAUAUUUUACAUCUUUCUUCGUAACUCAUUUCUUGUCUUUUCUGUCUGAGGGCGAUUCUAGAUGCUCUUCUUUGGACUUUUUUGAGCGCUUGUCAGUCUUUGACUAAAUGAGGGGACCAAAUUGGUAUGGCAUAUUCCAGUAUGGGUCUCACAAGUGAUUUAUACAGCAUUGAAAAAAUUCGUUUAUCUACUGCACCGACUGUUCGUUUAAUAAUGCCCAGUACCUUGUUUGCUCUACUAACGACUAUACUGUAGCUACGUGUUGACUUCACGAGAGGUCCUUUGUGAUGGUUACUCAGAGGUCUAUAAUUUGAUCGACUGAUUUCAGGCAAGUUUCUGCUAGUGAAUAAAUCGGAACAGAAUUGUCACGCGCGUGUGUAAUUCGUAUCACUUCACACUUAUCUGUGUUAAAAGGUAAUUGCCAUGUCUUGGACCAGUCGUGGAGGUGCGUUAAGUCUGCCUGUAAUAUUUGUACAUCAAGUGUUUUAUCGCAUAUUUCUCAAUAGAGUUUUGUGUCGUCUGCAUACAGCUUAAUUUGAGAUGCAGCUCUUGUUGAUAUAUCAUUAACAUAAAUUAGAAGGGUGGGGAAAAAUGGGGGUGAUCAUAUCAUACAAUGUUCAUCUUGUCCUUUUGGGAUGGUCCUUGCUUUUGUUGGAGCCUUUUGGGAAGAGGGGGAUUGUAAAAAUACUAUAAAUUUGAACACUAUAAAUGAGAAAUUGUGAAUGAUAUUAUGGGAAGUACUGUAAUUGUUGUAAUAGAUAAGUUAUGUAAUUUUAAAACAAAUCAAGCUAUCCAAAAUUGUGGUAACCAAACCUGGGUUACUGCCACGUUACCGCAAACUUUGUUUUGCGGUAACCUAAUUUGCUUUCCUUAAGUAAUGUACAUAAGUCCGUAAUAAAUUCUAUAAUUAAUAACUGUGUUAACAGUUAAUAAAGUACCAAUCACGGAAAAGUAACAGUCCCAUGUGGGACGUCCCGCAGGACGAAAAAUCCAUCCCGCAGGACGAAAAAUCCCUCGGGACGGGAAAUCUAUCCCGUGGGAUGGGUAAUUUUCGUGGGGUUGGAAGAGAGACGCAUUGCUUGGGAGAUAAUAAUAUAUGUAGAAAUUUGUUUAUAUGUAAGUUGAACUUGAAGGUGUGCACGCUAAAAUGGGAAAGUUAAACCAGCAUAGCAAAGAGCGGAUAAUAAAAGUGAAGGAAGAAGGCUACAGUAUAAACCAUCGCAAACCAAAGUAUAAAAGACAAGUGCCGAAUAUCUGCCAUGCAAACGAAAGUAAUUUGUGACAAAUCGCUAUUGGCGUAUUGCGUGUCGAUUCAUUAAAAAAAUCACUCAAAUGUCUUGUUCCGUUGCAAUGCCGUGAACUAAAUUCAACAAACAGUCAAAUUCAUCUAUAGUCAAUACCCGUAUAUACUGUAAAUACUGUAGUCCAUAAUCUAUAUAUUAUAGCGCGACCAUAGCACGACGUUUGAAACUCAAUUGCAUUUUAAUUUGGUACAACAUCAACGAUAUUGUCCAUGUUUUUUCGCAAAAUCACAAAAACCGUCUAGACUAAACUAAAAGAAAAUGUAAUAUUCAUUUAUCUUAAUUCUCAUGUAAUUUUAUUUAUUUGUGCGAAAUUGACGGGAUUCCGUCCGGAGGGACAAAUUUCUUAUACUGUACUGUACCUGUGUACCAUAUUUCUUAUAUACACUGUACUGUAUCUGAGCAUAUACAUAUGAAACACAAUGGCUUCCUGUUCUUUUUGUAUCAGCAUCACUGCUGCAGGCAUUUCGAAGUCUGACUUGUAUAACAUUGGAAUGGUAGGUGCCAGAGGUAGCAAGGAUUCAAAGUGCAAGAAAUUUAGAAGAUUCAACUACCUGUACGUGAAUAAUACAAAAAGGGCCUUAGCUCGAAAUGUAGACUUUCCCGAAGUCCUUUCAAGUCUACUUGAAAUGUUGAGAUUCUCAUUUUUCACAUAGUGGAAUCUUCCACAGUGCUCGCAGCUUGUUGAAUUUUGCCUACAGCCCUACUGUAACAUUAACUACUGUUACAAACACCUAAACACAGCUUUCUGGCAUUCAUUCUUUUGUGUGAAUAGAAUCAUUAAACACAUACCAAUUUCCUAGAUCUUAGAGGAAUUAGUAUUGCAACUACUGAAUACCGAUAUAUUGCCAUCAACAUGUCAAGGUAUAUUGGUAUUUUAUACCAUGUUUUUUCAUGGUCGUGGCAAACUUUUGCUUUCCUUUUCCUCCUUGCAAAGCCAUCCCAUGGAUUUGAUCACAACUGCUACUCUGUCAAUGUGGCCAUGCAUGUAUCCAAAUCAUAACAUUCAAUUACCAGACGUAAUAAUAAAAAUAAAAUCUUAAUUUAAACUAGUAAAGGACCGGUCAGCCAAUAGACUAGACUUGCCCAAGUCGCUCGCUAGGGACCGCGCGUAGCAAGAAGGGAGCGCUUGAGAAAGACGGAAGCGAGCGACUUGUGUCACUUGCCUGAUUUUGAAUCUUACUGAAAAAUUUGGCGCGAAAAUCAAUUAUGACAUAGUGGGCGUUCACCAUGUCGAUUUCACUAGUUCAUUAUUGUUUUGGCGUCGUUAGUACAUAAUAAUAAUGGUGAUCGCUAGAUAGUAUACUUCAAAAUAAAGUUUCCGUUUUUGUAACGUAGAAAAAACUAUCCUAACACAAAACUAAACCCUAACCCUAAUACUUACCCUAACCUAACCUAAACCCUAACCUAACCCUAACCCUAACUUAUUUUAAAAAUUGAUAUAAAAACGGAAACCUUAUUUUGAAGUAUACUAUCUAGCAAUUGCCUAAUAAUAAUGAGCAUUCACUGACGUCACUGGAGCAAAAAUGCACCGGUGAAUUUGGCGCGCUUGCGGGUGACAAAAGUCUUUCGCUUCCAGGAACCACGAACCGCGGACUUUAGAAAGUUUACCAAUAGACAUUUCCCCUUUUGAGUGAAAUUUUGAUCUGGACAAAAAUUUCAUCACAGCUUGAAAGAGCAUCACAAAAUUAGUAAUAUUCCGAAGUUUCGUUGCGAAAUGUUGUAAAAUGCGGAUAAUAUAGCCUUGCGAAGUUUGCCUUUUUCAGUCAUUUUGCAUUACAAACGGGAAAUUGAUAAUCAGUUUGAUCAUCUGAUUAUCAAUUUCCCAUUUUAAUGCAAAAUGACUGAAAAACGGCAAACUUCGCAAGGCUAUAUUAUCCGCAUUUUACAACGUUUCGCAACGAAACUUCGGAAUAUUACUAAUUUUGUGAUGCUCUUUCAAGCUGUGAUGAAAUUUUUGUCCAGACAUAUCUAGAUCAAAAUUUCACUCAUAAGGGGAAAGGUCUACAGGGAUUUCAGAAUUGAACUUUUACCGCCGGCUACUUUUCGUCUGGUCACAGGAAAACUUUUAUAUACAAAGGUACAAGCGAACCAACACGAUGUUUGUUAUGUUCCAAUUGGAAUUCAAGCAAAACAUCACUUAUUUUGGAAGAUCAAUAAUACAUAGUACCAAACAUAGCUUGCUUUCUUAAGUUGCUGUCGAAAAAGCGAUAAGAUAAACAUUCUUUGUUUUCUCGUCGCCAUCUUAAAUUUCGCAGCAAAUGGUCAGCGGCUCUGAAUCUUCCUGAACAGGAAGAUGACUCUGAUUGACUCUGGCAGUGACUUAAGCAUUGGGGAAUCCGAAUUUGACAGUGAGCCAGAGAACGAGUCAGAUUCAGAGCUACUUGGCAAAUGUUUUUCAAGUGACUAAUUCUUUGACAGUGAACUAAUUAUGAUAAAGUGAUGAAGUAAAGUUCAUUACGUACAUAAGUAUAACAUAAUUUGAUUAAUGAUUUCGGACUCAUAAAUUAAUACUAAUAGUGUACAUUGUCAUUCUGUUCAUGCAGCUGUAAAAAUUAAACUACUAGUACCACAUUAGAGUACAUUGUCACUUACAAGUAUAAAUGCAAAUGACAUCUAAAUCUAACAUGUCAAUAGUUGUACUUUGUCUUUUUAGUUUUUCUAUAUUAUUUGAUUGUUAAGGCCCGUUUACACGGGCGAUUGUUGCUGCGAUUUUAGUUGCGAUUUUCUCCUUUUGGAGGAUAUGAAGGAGUAGAUUACUUAACGACGUUGUUAUGAAAUUUCAUAACCUGGAUCAUUUAUAACUCAUCCACUCCUUCACAUCCAUCAGAAGAAGAAAAUCGCCCUAAAAUCGCAGCAAAAAUCAUCCGUGUAAACGGGCCUUUAAUGGACCAAUCCCCAAUUAACCAAAAUUUUGAACUCAACAAGUCUAGACAAACAUUUCAUCACAGCUUGAAAGAGCACCACAAAAUUAGUAAUAUUCCAAAGUUUCGUUACAAAAUGUUGUAGCGGAUAAUAUAGCCUUGGGAAGUUUUCAAUUUUCAGUCAUUUUGUAUUACUAACGGGAAAUGGUUACCACUUCUGUGCGUAAUACUAAAUGACUGAAAAUUACAAACUUCCCAAGGCUAUAUUAUCCGCAUUUUACAACAUUUCGCAACGAAAUUUGGAAUAUUACUAAUUUUGUGAUGCUCUUUCAUGCUAUGAUGGAAUUUUGUCUGGACUUGUUGAGAUCAAAAUUUUGGUUAAUUGGGGAAUGGUCCAUUUGCGGCGAAAUUUUUUUAAAUUUCCAUGCGAGGGCACGCCCCCCUCCCCGCGCGAUUUUUUAACUAUCAGUCACAACCGGCUACUUUUUUGUAACAGCCGCCUACUUCAAAUCAUUCUGAAACCCCUGCGGUCUAUUAUAGUAUACAGGCUGGUACGAAUCGGUGACAUAUAAUAACAAAGUCAAAGACAUUUGGGUAAAGUAUAUGUAUGUUCAACUGUUCAAGUAACAAGAUUUAUCGGUCUGCGUGCGUGUCAGCUGUGGUUUCUAAAUGUAACUGUAGUCAUUAUGAAUUAUUUAUUUUUACUCCUGUGUGAGAAGCAAAAUACAGAAAUGUCAUUAUAUAAUGACAGAUUUACAGUCAUUGAUUGCCAGUGUAAAUAAUCUGAUAGAACAGUUGUACAAUAUAUAAGAACAGUACGUGCAGUAUAUAGAAAUUGUGGUGAUGGAUAUCUUUUUAUUUGGGUUUAAUUUGUCUUUUACAGUGUAUUAUCUUUUGAAACAUCAUUCUGUCUUACUUCAUUUACAGGUAUAUGGCCUAAAGAAUGCCAAAAAUCAUCAUCACAACACACUGCCCGUCAUGGUAGCAUCAAACUGAAGUUUAAAAGAAACAAUGGUAAGGUUUCAUUGCAGGUGAUUGUGAUGGUGACUUAGCCUUUUUACAUUUUUGCACAGAGAGACUGGAAUAACUGGAAUAUAAUACUUUUUACUGUAUGGUACAUUAUAUCAUAAUAGCAAAAUUAAUAGUUUGUUAAUAUAAAUAAUAAAUAUUGUUAUUGGUUGAUUGGCGAAAAUACAUUACACAUGUGAUGACGAAGACUAUGUAUAUUUUUGUAUAAAGGCCGGGUGUGUAUAUACAGUAUAGGUAUCAGUGGUGAACUUUUCUCCACACCCAGGGCCGCCGAGAGCUUGGCGGGGGCCCGGGGCAAAUUUUUUUUAGGGCCCCUAUUUCAAAAUUUUUAGGGAAAAAAUUUUUCCGGACGAGUACGUUGUACUUGCUUUCCAGCAACUUUACCUCAAUUAUUCAUACCAAAUUUCGGUAACAAAUGUCUUGCCCUUUGCGCGGAAAUAUUUCACCUAAAAAAAUGACUGGGGCCCAACAAAAAAUUUCUGGUGGCUUAGGCCAAUUUGCCUGCCCCCCCCCCCCGUCUCGGCGGCCCUGUCCACACCCAAACUUGGAAGGGUGAUAUUCUUUCCCUAUCCUUGAGCAGUCUGCAGAAAAACAAAUUUGGAAAGACACUUGAGGAGUUUUCAUACAAUUAUGAGAAGUUUUCAUAAAAUAAAUAAAUGUUGUUUCUUUAAGUCGAAAUUGAUCAAACUCUUUACAAUAAGGAACUUUUGAAUAGCGGGAUAAAGCUGAAACCAUACUCACUGUUGAUUUUUGCGUGAUUGUUAUACAGUAUGUAUACGCACUCAUCAGGUGAGAUCACAAUUCACCCCUUGUGUACUGUAUUUUAACCCUUUCAGAAUUUUCCUUUCUCUGACUAUGUUUAGGUUCUGAGAUUAAGUCAAAAUUGGACAUACGAAAUGGACAUAAACGUAAGAAAAAGAAGAAGAAAUAUAACAACGAGCAUGGACACAACUCUCAUAAUUCCUUUCAACAUGAUCUCGGUAAUACUGGUAUUAAAACAUCCCUUUCCAAGUACAUUUCAAUUAAAACAUCUCCCAAUGGUGGUGCAUCUAUUGUUUACAUGAACUAUAAUGAUGUAAAGCACCUUAAGGAAGAACAUCUACAAAAACUCGUGGAUGAGUUCUUUCGGAUUGUUUUUGAAGAAAAGGAAGAAGGGAUCGCGACCCACGUUAUGGGUGUGGUUCAUGAUGCAGCACGUGACAUUCCUGAACUUGUUAGGUACUUUGGUGAAAAGUAUCCAAAACAGACAGUAAAAACUGAAAUUUUAGGAAAAAAGAAAGACAUAGAUACAACUUGUUUUGUGGAGUAUUACAACAAAGUGCAAGAAACUUAUCAGAAUGGGACAUUUCGUUGUGGUGGUUCACUGCAGUUUAGUCUGGUGGGUACACGGCAUGAGGAAACUGGUGGAUAUUUUCCAGACAUGAUAGAUCUUAUUGAAAAGUGUCCAUUUCUCAAACCUGUCAUGCCAUGGGGAAAGUUCUCUUUGCUAAGGAUGGAUGAUCCCCAACAGAGUAACGAUGGUCCAAUAUUUUGGGUUCGGCCUGGAGAACAGAUGGUGCCUGCUACAGAGAAAUCCGGGUCACCAUACAAAAGGAAAAGGUUAGAAACUCUGUUUUUGGCAGGCAUGAGUCAGGAUACUAGAGUGUAAUACAGUUUAGUUAUACACUCACAGUCAAUCAAUAUAUGGUUUAGAAACUCGGCCUAAGGCUUGCUUUAUUCUACAUAUCUUUCUGGGGCCAGUUGUAUAAAAACGUAGUUGGCGCUAACUGUAGUUAGCGUUAAUCACUGUAGUUAAAUCCUUAACUGUAAUUAGUUAACUACAUGACUUUACUGCGUUGCACAAAACGUAGUUAGUCGGAUAGUUAACUAAUCACGUAGUUAACUGUGCGUGGGGCUUGCGUGGGGCGUUUAAACACAAAAUUACAUCAAGUAAGCA